AUGACCCAACAGGACGAUAACGCUGUCAUAGCUGAAGUAAAGGGCCGGGAAGUCCUGGACUCGAGGGGCAACCCAACUGUGGAAGCCGAGGUACGGCUUUCCAACGGCAUUAGGGCCCAUGCGGCCGUCCCCUCCGGCGCCAGUACGGGCAGCUACGAGGCCCUGGAAUUGCGGGACGGGGAUGCCGGCAGGUUUGGGGGCUCUGGCGUUCGAAAAGCCGUGGCCAAUAUUAACGAGGUGAUCGGACCUGCAUUGGUUGGCAAAUCGCCUCUCAAUCAGGCUGCCAUCGACGAGGCAAUGCUGGAGGUGGACGGUACUCCCUCCAAGAGCAAUCUGGGUGCGAAUGCCAUUCUGGCAGUGUCAAUGGCCACAGCCCGGGUGGCGUCCCUGGUUGCAUCCGAUGCCGGUGGUGAGCUUUGGCGCUACCUGGCGCAUGGAAACCGGGUUAGCCUUCCUGCUCCGAUGUUCAACAUAUUAAAUGGAGGACGUCACGCCUCCUACUCGGCUGAUAUUCAGGAGUUCAUGGUUUCUCCUGCUGGAUUGCCGACAUUUUCGGAUGCGCUCAGGGCGGGUGCGGAGAUUUACCAGGCAUUGAAGGGUCUGCUGCGGGCUGGUGGUCAUAACCUUAACGUUGGUGACGAAGGAGGUUUUGCCCCUUCCCUGCCAUCAAACCGUGAUGCCAUUGAAGUUGUGCUGAAAGCAAUAGAGACUGCCGGAUACACCGCAGGCAAGGACGUGUUCGUGACCCUUGAUGUGGCCGCCUCAGAGUUAUAUGAAAACGCGACCGGGCAAUAUGUCCUGGAAAGGGAGGGAACCAGCCUGGAUUCAGGUCAGUUGGUUGACCUGUAUGCCGAUUGGAAGCGAGCUUAUCCCAUAGUCAGUAUUGAGGAUGGCCUGGACGAGGAUGACUGGGAGGGCUGGGCUGAGCUGACCCGCAGGUUGGGCGAUUCGGUGCAGUUGGUUGGUGACGACCUCUUCGUAACUAAUAUCUCCCGAGUGCAAAGGGGGAUAGAUGAGGGCGCCGGCAACUCAGUAUUGCUAAAACCCAACCAGAUUGGUACGCUUACCGAAACCCUUCAGGCUUUGCGGAUGACGCGGGAGGCUAACUGGAGCGCCGUCAUGAGCCACCGUUCCGGCGAGACUGAGGACACAACCAUUGCAGAUUUGGCAGUGGCAUGGAACGUGGGCCAGAUAAAGACGGGAGCCCCGGCAAGAUCCGAACGUGUAGCCAAAUAUAACCGGUUGCUCCGCAUAGAAGCCGAAUUGGGUGCGGAGGCGGAAUAUGCUGGAAAUAGAGCCUACGCUGUCUACGGAGCGAACUAA